GCAGCAGAAGUCCACUUCGGUUUUUCCGCGAAGCUCCAAAAAUCUAUGAAAUGUGUUUGCAUGUUCCUCUCUGCAAGCGGGGAUGUAGAGGUGGGAUUGCAAGGACCGAGAAAGCUGGGGGAACCCACGCGUUCAGCCUCAGAGAAAGUACGGCUUUUUCCGACACAACUGACGCGCAAUCAUUUUUUUCUUUUCACAUUUGUCACCAACAGGCAGACACUCAGUAGGAUUGUGUUCUCGGAGAAUACGCUCUUUUUCCUGCUCUUUUCUUUUUUUUUUUUUUUUUUUGUCACCAUUCUGCACGGCAGGCUGAGAGACGGACCGCUCGGACUGUGGGAGCCCUCCCCUCUGCUCCGAUCUGCUUUGUUUCCAGAUGGCCCAUUGGAGAGCGUGGAUGAGGCCUGAGCUGUAGUGGGGCAGAGGGCUUUGGGGCCUGCCUGUUGUCGGCUUCCAGAUUCAUCCAUUGAGGUGAAGCACCACUCUCCACCAGGGCAGGACACGGACCAGGAACAGGUCUUUGCUCCCCCUCCUCGCUCACCCCUGCCCCCUUUCCACCCUCAUCCCCAACCCAGGCACAUACGCUCUGGACCAUGUCUAGCGAGCCGUCGGAGGGGGGUCGGACAGACGACCAGGAGCGGAGUAGUAGCAAACACCACUCUCCUGCCAUAGAACGCAGGAACCGCAGCGGCAUCAUCAGUGAGCCCCUCAGUAAGAGCCUUAAGAACUCACGCACCCUCUCCCAGUACACAGCCGUCUCCUCGGCCAACACCAACGGACACACAAACAAUAAUGAGGCGAAGAGCCACUCGGCCAAGCCUCAGCCCGUCCCGCAGCCCCAGCCAACCGUCUCUGCACUGACAGCAGCCAAGUUGGACCGAACCCUUGAACAGGUUCUGGAGGGACAGAACGGCCUGCUGCACUUUGCUCAGGCGGCAGCGUUGUUGAAGCGGGCUGGUAUGGAGCACAUGCUCCUUCCCGGGGGCAUGGGAGUAGGAGUUGGCGGAGGAGAUGCAGGCUCGGGGGCUAGCGACUUGGAGGGUACGUCUGUCACGGACGCCGUAGGUGGUCCCAUUGACUUCCCAUAUGGAGUAGGGGGUGGUUUCCCUUUCAACCCGGGUCUUUUCAUCAUGACGCCGGCCGGAGUGUUUCUGGCGGACAGCGCACUGCACAUGGCCGGCCUGGCCGAGUACCCGGCACAGAGCGAGCUGGCCUCCGCUAUCAACUCCGGGAAAAAGAAGCGAAAACGUUGCGGCAUGUGCCCACCUUGUCGACGGCGGAUUAACUGCGAGCAAUGCAGCAGCUGCCGGAAUCGCAAGACGGGCCAUCAGAUCUGCAAGUUCCGCAAAUGUGAGGAACUGAAGAAGAAGCCCUCUGCUGCUCUGGAGAAGGUGAUGCUUCCUACAGGAGCAGCGUUUCGGUGGUUCCAGUAGGACUCCUCCUCCUCCACUCCCUACCCAAAGCUCUGCCAUCAAGUGCAAUGCCAACUCCUGGAUUGUCUCCGGAAAAGAAACUGGCUUAUACACAAACAAACAAGCAACAAGUAAAAUAAAAUAAAAAAAACAACAUCAACAAAACAAAACAAUGACAAAAAAAACAAAAAAACAAUCGGGUAAUGGAUGCACCUACUUAUUCCUUGAACCAAAAAUGAAGCGCAAAGAAAAGCAUCUAUGGCAAUUUUCAUUCCCUUUUCUAUGUUUCCAUUUUGGUACCUUUUGUCCUUUUUCCAGCAGGUUUUUUUCUGUCGCUUCAACAUGGAACUGUUCAUUGCCAGAAACAGAAAUGACGGACUGAGUGUGGACAAUCAACUAAUUUCUGUGUUUGGUGUUAAUGUUGUUCAUGUGUGGAAAGAUACAGUACUUGUGUAGAGAAUGUAAAUUUACAGCUAUAUUUCAAAACUAGUGGCUAAUGGCAAACAUAAUUGUAAUUUUUCACCAUUAUGUUACCUAAACCCUUGUCUAUUUUAUGAUUCAUUUCAAGUUUUCUGACAGAUCAGUGGUCGUCUUUGAAAGACAAAAAAAAUGCGAUCAAAUUGUGACACUGUGGAUUUCCGAUUCAAACAAAACUGGAAGAGCAAUGUUCUUGACCAUAUUCACACAGCGGCCAUUUUUCUCUGAUACAUUCUCCCAGUGGGAAGACAAAAUGCUGUUAUAUCACAUUGAUGUGUUUCAGGCUGUCAGUCGACAAAUGUAGGCCUGACAAUGACAAAUCAUCAUUUCACUACUUCUGCAUUUUUCAGAAACUACGGCGGCAAUAAAUUGUGAAAACCCCAAGUGAAAACUGUCAAAAGAGUUUAAACAACAUUUUUGAUAAUCCAUUAGCUACCAUUUGACAGGCUGCUGUUACCGUUCAGCUAUGCUUGCUAAAAUUAGCUAGGAAGUACCUGAAGGCCAAUAUCACUGGUUGAGUUGCUCUACACAUCAUAAAGUGUCCAUUCCUUAUCUAGGACUAGGCUACAAAUUGAGUUCUUAGAUUAACUAAUUUAUUCAGCUUUGGUAAACUGUGGCUGUCUUGUCAUCAAACGUGACGUUUUCUAUGGCUUUGGCUAACUUUGGCUAUUUGCCUCUCCAGACUUUCAGAAUCAUUCACCUUUUGAGUUGCUUAUUUCUUGAGAAGCGAUGAAUUGUAACAGUUUCAGUCUAUCAACUCGUUACACAAUAGUAUAACAUUAGGCCAGCGUUUGAGCUUUCCAACCAGAGAAGACCUAUUAGCUGUUAUACGACCACUAACAUUAGCAAUUUGCCACUUUUUAGCCAACAUUACUGUAAGCUAGGAAGUGAAUGAUCGUUAAUAAAUAAAUGCUGGUAGAGUUAGCCUUCUUAAAACAAUUAACAACAAUUAACAAUUAUUUUCCAGAGAAAACGUUUCUAUGCGUAAGAAAACCUGUCAGACAAUAAAGACUAUUUUCACCAUUGGCCAGUGAAGGCUAAAACUUACCUGAUGCGAUUUCUAGGUUACAAAAUAAUAUAAGGAAUUUAAUUCUCAGCAAUGGCAGCUAGGAAGUGAUAUCAAAUUUAAGCUAGCUAGCUAAUGAGUUGUCAAAUUUGUUGUUUUCUUUCUAAAAUGUGGCUGGUUUUCCCUCCAGAGUUUCAGUAUCAAUUGUGAGUGUAGUUGCUCAUUUAUUGAGAAGCAGUGAAAUGAAAAAGUCUGACUCUUUGAAUUUACUAGACUUACAACCAGUAAAACAGCAGUACAACAUUACACCAGUAUUUGUUCUUCCCAGUCUGAGUGUGGGGUCAGGAGAAAAUGGAUGUUGAGUGAAUAUGGUGAAUUGGGCAAAUUUCCCUAGACGCCUGUCUGGGUUUAAGAUACAGUAUGCCAGAGCCGUCACUACUGUAAUCUCCUCCAUCAGCCCUCCUCUGCAUUUCCAAAUGUUUCCUUUCGUGAGGCUGGCAGCCUUAUGUUACUGUGGCCCUACUGAGCAUGUGCCAAUACUGCUCAGGGCAACAACAGAGACAGCACUUGCUCUGAGUCUACCCUACUGAACGCACUGAGACAAGAUUACAUUUUUUUUAUUUGUUUGUCAUAUUUUCAUGAUUUUUGUUAUGUUGCUGGGUAGCUACAGCUUUUAAAAAUAACCAAUCUUUGUAUUUGUUUAGGAAAUUGGACUGGUUUUGUGAAUAAAAAGGACUGCAUGUAUUCGUGUCAAAAUGUA